AUGAACAAAGCUUCUAAUAAUGUUUACAUUGAUUCUGAAAGCCCUUUGGAAGAAAAUUUAAAUUUUGUAAUUAAUGCCGCUGUUUUAUUCGUUUUGUUUUACUUUUUUCUUAUAAUUCUUAUGUUGCUCUUCGUUUAAAUAUCUGUGUUACAUAAUGUGAUCGUAAAAUUCUUCUAGAAGAUAAAAAUGGGCCAAACGGCUUUAUACGGUAUUUUCACUACUUCUACUUACUGUAUUUUGCAGUGGUGUCUUCUGUCUAUAAUGAUAUUAUGAUUGUAUAAAUACAGUGCAUUGAUACCGCGAUUUCAUCUGAAGGGCUCAGGACUGGGAGACAUAAUAACCGUUCCUGGUUUUUGCUCUUAUUUUAUUGCGAUUUGGCUUUUCUGGCAGUAUAUUUCGAAUUAUGGCAUCCCAGGAAACACAGUUUGUUAAGCGGGCAUUUGCUCGCAGAAACCCUACUCGAGGCAGCAAACGGAAAGAUGAUUCCGAAGAGGAGUCUUCCGAAGACGAAACCCAGAUUGUUCGCAAUGAGAGAAAGCGUUCGUCCAAUCCCUUUGUACAGAAGACUGCCCGAGUAGAGCGAACCAAAGUUGGUGCUGUAGAAAGCGACGAGGAGGACAACAAAUCGAAAGAGCUUCGUCGUGAAUUCACAUACUCCGCCGACCGCUCCAACUUGCGCAAAGGACCGUCAGAUAUGGGAGCGACAGCCACAUUGGAAACCGAGACUCCACACGAUCGUGACGCACAAGCCCUUUUCGAGAAGUCCCAGAACUUGAAUACGGACUUGAAGGGAAAGGAAGACGAUAAGAUUUAUCGAGGCAUGAACAAUUAUGCACAGUACAUUCCCAAGAAAGAUACUUCACAGGGAAACGCCAGCAGUGGAAUGGUACGCAAGGGUCCCAUUCGAGCCCCCACGAAUGUGCGCUCCAGCGUUCGCUGGGAUUACGCACCGGAUAUCUGCAAAGAUUACAAAGAAACGGGAUUCUGUGGUUUCGGCGAUAGUUGCAUAUUUUUACACGAUCGUUCGGACUACAAGCAUGGUUGGCAGUUGGAGCGCGAAGUCGAGCGCAAAACAUACGGCCAGAACGAUGCCGAAGCUGGCAAAUACGAAAUUGCUUCGGAUGACGAGGAUGAUCUACCUUUUAAGUGCUUGAUUUGCCGUGAUACCUUCAAAAACCCCAUCGUAACCAAGUGCAAACACUAUUUUUGCGAAAGUUGCGCAUUAACUAAUUACAAGAAGUCAACGCGCUGUUUCGCCUGCAAUCAGCAGACAAUGGGUGUUUUCAACCCGGCGAAAGAGCUUAUAACCAAAAUGAAAAAGAAUCAAGAGGCCGAAGAUUCCACAGAGCCGUCUCAUAUUCACGACCAUCCAGGUACUGAAAGUCACCUUACGAAUCGGAUAGCCCCAGCCGAAGAAGCAGAAGAUUAAUCACUAUCACACGGAAGCGGGGAUAUUGUAUUUGUUAUUGAGAACUUUUAUUUGUACGACAAGUCCAUACGAAUGAUUCCUCAGCUCCACGGGCCCAGUAAUGUGGCUGGAAGAUCUUGGUGUAUUCACUGUAUUGUAUAUGAACAGAGCGAUGUGUUGCAUGAUAUGCGUGCGAUAUUAUUUGUUCGAAAAAAUGUGACGAAAAAAUCGAUAUAAAAUCGUCAUUAAACAUGAAUUGUUCCCAUUAAAAUUUG